AUGGGUUGUAGUAUGAGCGCUGAAGACAGACUGGCUGUUGAGAGGAACAAGCAGAUCGAGAAAUCCUUACGGGAGGAUGGCCAACAAGCUGCCAAAGACAUCAAACUCUUGCUGCUAGGCGCUGGUGAAUCCGGAAAAAGUACCAUUGUCAAGCAAAUGAAAAUUAUACACGAAGGCGGUUUUACGUCUGAGGAUAACAAACAGUUCAAGCCGGUGGUCUACAGCAACACCAUUCAGUCGUUGGUGGCUAUAAUCAGGGCUAUGUCCAUCCUACAUAUUGAGUUCGGUGACCCCGAGAGAGAGACGGACGCAAAAUUGAUCCUGGACGUGAUACAGCGGAUGGAAGAUACGGAACCCUUCACGGAUGAGCUGCUGGCCGCCAUGAAACGAUUGUGGGCAGAUUCCGGAGUUCAGGAAUGCUUCAAUAGGAGCAAUGAGUAUCAGCUUAAUGAUUCCGCUAAAUAUUUCUUGGAUGAUAUAGAUCGCCUGGGUUCUAAGGAUUACAUGCCAACGGAGCAGGAUAUCCUUAGGACUCGAGUCAAAACCACAGGGAUUGUCGAAGUCCAUUUCAAUUUCAAGAAUCUGAAUUUUAAGUUAUUUGAUGUGGGUGGGCAGAGGUCGGAGCGUAAAAAAUGGAUCCAUUGUUUCGAAGAUGUCACUGCUAUCAUCUUCUGCGUCGGAAUGAGUGAGUACGAUCAAGUUCUACACGAAGACGAAACUACUAAUCGCAUGCAGGAGAGUUUGAAGCUGUUCGAUUCCAUCUGCAACAACAAGUGGUUUACAGACACCACCAAACCUCACAAAAUGAUAACCAACCCAAACUUCGCAGGAUCGAAUACAUUCGAGGAGGCCUCCAGCUACAUACAGGCUCAGUUCGAAGCGAAAAACAAGAGCACGACGAAGGAAAUCUACUGUCACCAAACUUGCGCCACUGACACUAACAACAUCCAGUUCGUCUUUGAUGCCGUUACAGAUGUUAUUAUCGCCAAUAAUCUACGGGGCUGUGGUCUAUACUAA